CGUUGUUAAUUUGGGGGCUCAGCCGGGAUCUAGAGCGCUAAGUGACAAGUGAUGUCUCACAAAAAUGACUGACUACAAUGCAGGAAAAGCAGGUUUGACUGACGAGCAGGUGGCUCAGAUGCAAAUACCUGAGCUAAAAGACGAGCUGAGAAGACGACGGCUGAGAUUAGUGGGCAGAAAACGCGAGCUGAUAGAGCGAUUGCUUGCUGCGUUACGCUUAGAGCGGGAACACGGUGCGCGAGAAGACGAUCCAGAUGAUGACAACGACAGCGAUUUAGAAGACGACGACGACGACGAUGAGAUUGGCGUGAUUGGGAACUGUUUAGACGUCAACGGUCUAGGAAAUCGCGAUCUCAAUAAUCAAGACGUCGGAGUUCGGGUAACUCCAGUGAUAAGACGACCAAGGCAAGACGAGCCAGUGCUAACGCUCAUAGACGUAGAGGACUUGCUAGAGAAAUUCAGCGGAGAUGAUCUGCUAAGUAUAAAUCGGUGGAUAGAAGACUUUGAAGAAAUGGCAGAACUGUGUGGUUGGUCAGACAUCCACAUGGUAGAUUUCGCUAAGGAACUGCUCACAGGCUCCGCUGAAACUUUCGUACAACAAGAACAAUGCACAGAGUCCUGGGCGAAGCUAAAAAAGGCGAUGAAGGACAAAUUUGAGAAUGUAGUAAGUGACCAGCAAAUACAUCGGGAGUUAGCGCGUAGAACGAAGAAACCAGAUGAGAGUCUACAGCAAUAUAUGUAUAGUAUGCGUGAGACUGCGGAACAAGGAAAGGUUGAUAUACAGUCGCAAAUCGACUAUAUUAUUCAGGGUAUUCCUGACGAGGUCAUAAAUAAGGUUAUAUUAUACGGAGCCAGGAACAUGCAACAGCUGAAAGAAUGUCUUAAGCAGUACGAAGCGAUGAAAAGGGAUAUGGAAGCGGAAAAAAGAUCUGGGGAACGCAAGGACGAUAAGGGAAAACGAUCAAAAGUGCGAAAUUAGUCGAGGCAAACAAGUAGUAACAAAAGAAGAUGUUUUAAUUGUGGUGGUGAAGAUCAUUUAAGUGCUAAGUGUCCAGAGAAAGGAAAAGGUGUUAAGUGCUUCAAGUGCAACGAAUUUGGACAUAUUGCGGCGAAGUGUACAGCACGACCA